AUCGCGUAUGGCAAAGCACGGUGAUAGCAAAGCAAAUCCUUGUUCUUCACUUCCAUCAUCAAUUUCCUUGAAUCUGAAUCGACUUCCUUCCAUUCAACUAUUGCAAAUCAUAAAACCCUACAGUAAUUUAUUCCUAUCUAAAGUUCGUUGAUUUAAUUUGCGAUUUCGACGAGCAUGCGAAGAACCUUUCCAUCAUUCAUAUAGCCCAUGGAAUCACGGUGAAGGCGAUAUCCAACGAACCAAAAUGGAGGCCGCAAAUGGUACUUCUGCGACCGCCGCCCCGGCAACCAACGGAGAACGGGAAGAUCCAGGUGGUUUCAAGCUUAAGUUCUGUACGGUUUGUGCGAGCAACCAAAAUAGAUCUAUGGAAGCGCAUCUCCGUUUGUCACAGGCACAUUAUCCUGUUAUUUCUUUCGGCACAGGAUCUCUCGUUCGAUUACCUGGUCCCUCAAUCACACAACCUAAUGUCUACCAAUUCAACAAGGUAUCUUACGAUGCGAUGUAUAAGGAAUUGAACGAGAAGGAUCCCCGAUUAUAUACCGCCAACGGUCUGCUUAACAUGUUGGGAAGAAAUCGACAAGUAAAAUGGGGUCCCGAACGGUGGCAGGAUUGGCAGGUUGGUAUUCCUAGAACUGAACAUGCUUCCGACCGGGGAAGUGAAGGAACAGAAGGUGGUGUAGUAGAUGUAGUCAUCACUUGCGAAGAGAGAUGCUGGGACGCGGUAAUAGAUGACCUCCUUAACCGAGGAUCUCCUCUGAAUCGGCCAGUCCACGUCAUCAACGUUGACAUUAAGGAUAAUCACGAAGAGGCUUCUAUUGGAGGACGUGGCAUCCUCGAUCUUGCAGACUCUUUAAACGCCGCCGCUAAGGAGGAACGAGAGAGCGUUGGACCUGUCGCGUUCGAUAUGGCAAGUGCUGCUAGCAGAGCCUCAUUUGAUGAACGUGUACCGGAGAUCAUUGGAGAGUGGCAGGAGAGAUGGCCGAAUUUACCGGCAACAUGGACACUGGCUUGGUUUUAAGGUUAUGGUUAUGGAUUUUCCUUGUUGAUGAUACCCCGGGAUAAACGUUUUCUUUUUUUCGUCACUGGCGAUUUGAUGGCAAUGAGGAUUUGGCCAUGUUUCUAGCAUGUGCGUACGGGUUCAAGCAGUAGAUAUGGCUUGAUCUUGACACAAAUGAAAUACGACGUUGCCUAUAUAAACAGAAGAUGCUUUCACC